AUGACAUGUGGUAUUGCAGGAGCUGGCAAAACAACACUUGCGAACAGCAUCGUUAAACAGCAUCCGCAAUUCACCAACAUCUCCAUUGAUUACAUCAUCUUCUCAGCUCACGGCAUAUAUGGUAUCGACUACCCAGCGUCCGAAUCCUUGUAUGAUCGGUAUCAAGAUGAAGCCGAUACCAUCUACCUCCAGACCUUCUACAAGCUGCUGGCUGAAAACAAAGACAUCGUCCUCGAGCGGUCGUUCUAUUCGAAACAGGAUAGAGAAGAUUUUCGGCUCAUCGCAAAACAGCAUGGUGCGAGGGUUGUACUGGUAUUCCUGCGAGCCAAAGACAAGGAAGUGCUGUGGAACAGAAUCGGUACGAGAAGGCUGAAUGAGAAAACAGCUGACUCGGCGUUCGACAUCAGCAGGGAGACUUUCGAGAUGUACUGGGAUGGCUUUGAGGAUCCGGAAGGCGAGGGGGAAAUCAUCAUCGAAGUGACUUGA